CUAAUUUUGAAAUGUCUACGAUUAACAGCUAUUUCAGUGGUAGAAAACUUAGACCUAGAAAUGAAAGCCAUAAAGCGAUUACCAAGGAUAAUAUGGUUUCCUCAGCUCUUCAGCAGCCUGACUCUGCUUUAAAAAAAUCUGUAACCUUGGCGAAGCCGUUAACGAAACCAAUCACAUCAAUUCCGAAACAAAAGCAGAAACGAAAUUCGAAGAAUUCGAUUAACAGAAGCAAUAGUACGGCGAACAUUCUCUAUUAUAUGAGGAAACCCGCUGAAGCUAGUAAGCCUUCAGUUAUUGAUAACGAAUGUAAUUCAAAUGAAAAUUCUCAACCACUUCAUCCUAUGCGAUCGGUUGAAGAAGGAGGCUCACUAUUGAAGGAAGACGAUGACAGUGACGACGAAGUUUUCUGCAAAAUCAGAAAGCCGAUUCCCUUCAAGGAUUAUUGGCAAGCCAUUCUAAAUGAAUUUGAUUCAGCAGCCUGUAUAAUUGAAUCGCCUUACCAGAGUCCCUGCCAUAAAUUUGCAACCGAAAAUGAUGUCGAGCAACUUGCCUUACCUAUUUCUGCCGUUCAUAACCAAAAGAAGAGGAAAUCCACAUACCAAGGGCACAUUAAUUGUAGAAAUGUACGUUCGCGCACACCACGCCAGCCAGUAACCUGCGAAUCCAUAUUUCACUGUUACGAAGACUUGUUAAGUGAUGGCGAAGAUGAUGAAAACAAUAUUGAAGAUUUACGGCGUCCUUUAAGAAGUAAAUACACUCUGGAGCAAUCAAACGAACUCUUAAGGCACAUUAUCCAAGAGCUUCUGCCGUAUGAACAUGUUGAUUGGUUUCGACUAAACUAAUUCCUUGUACUUGCAGUAACGUUUUGAUUGCUCGUUCAUAGUUAACUAAUGAUGCAAUCCUUCCUAUUUGUUAUGCUGUUUGCUUAUAUCUGAUACCCAGUAUUACGUACAGAAAAAAUCCAUAGCAGUUUUUACUAGCAUGUGAUGUAUUACGAUUUCACUGGCUUCAUUAAGUCGUAGCAUUCGUAGCCAUUUAACCUUAUCAUUCAAAUAAACCAUAGCAUGAAUAGUUUAC